CUUAGUUUCCCUCCCAGUGGCCCAGUGGGACAGUUGGGUCUCAGCCCGUCAAGCGGUGCCAUCAAGAUCACAAGCCAACCAAGCAGUCAACUAGCUAUGAGCAAAUCCUACUCCUCCUCAGCCCAGACUGCCUCCUCGUACCGUCGCACCUUCGGCUCUGGCGUUGGUUCAUCCCCAAUGUCUUCCCUCUUCUCCUCUGGAGGAGGAGGCCGCAGCUCCUCCUCAAGCCACAAGUCUACCAGAGUCUACGAGGUCAAGAGCACUGGCGUUCCCUCCUAUUCCAGCUACAGGGUGUCCUCUGGUGCUGGGGGAGCUGGAUUCAGCUCCUCUACAGCCAUGCGUACCUAUGCCGGCGAGAAACUCGACUUCAACCUGGCUGAUGCCAUGAACCAGGACUUCCUCAACACUAGGACCAAUGAGAAGGCCGAGCUUCAGCACCUCAAUGACCGCUUUGCCAGCUACAUCGAGAAGGUGCGUUUCCUGGAGCAGCAGAAUGCAGCACUGACAGUGGAGAUCGAGAAGCUGAGGGGUCGCGAGGGGCCCGGCCGCGUGGCUGAUAUGUAUGAGGAGGAAAUGAGGGAGCUGAGGAGGCAGAUAGAGGCCCUCUCCAACCAGCGUGCCCGAGUGGAGGUGGAGAGAGACAACCUUGCUGAUGACCUGCAGAAACUUAAGCUGAGACUGCAGGAGGAGAUUCACCAGAAGGAAGAGGCUGAAAACAACCUGUCCGCUUUCAGAGCUGAUGUUGACAAUGCCACUCUGGCCAGGCUGGACCUGGAGAGACGCAUUGAGAGUCUGCAAGAGGAGAUUGCCUUCCUCAAAAAGAUCCAUGAGGAGGAGAUCCGUGAGCUGCAGAGCCAGAUGCAGGACACUCAGGUCCAGAUCCAGAUGGACAUGUCCAAACCCGACCUGACUGCUGCUCUGAGGGACAUCCGCAUGCAGUACGAGGCCAUCGCUGCCAAGAACAUUGCAGAGGCUGAAGACUGGUACAAGUCUAAGGUGUCUGAUCUGAACCUGGCUGUGAAUAAGAACAAUGAUGCACUGCGUCAGGCCAAACAGGAGAGCAUGGAGUACAGACACCAGAUCCAAUCCUACACCUGCGAGAUCGACUCACUCAAAGGCACCAAUGAGUCUCUGCUGCGCCAGAUGAGAGAUAUGGAGGAUCGCAUGGGCCGCGAGGCUUCUGGUUUCCAGGAUACUAUUUCACGGCUGGAGGAAGACAUUGCUAAGAUGAAGGAUGAUAUGGCCCGCCACCUGAGAGAGUACCAGGACCUCCUGAAUGUGAAGAUGGCCCUUGAUAUCGAAAUCGCCACCUACCGCAAGCUGCUGGAGGGAGAGGAGAGCAGGAUCACUACCACUCUGCCUGUCCAGUCUGCUUAUUCCUCCAUUGGAUUCAGAGAGACCAGUCCUGACUCCCAGCAGCAACGCUCAUCAGAGGUUCACUCCAAGAAAACUGUUCUCAUCAAGACCAUCGAGACCCGUGAUGGAGAGGUGAAGUAUUCUAUGAGCCAGGGCGCUAAUGCCCAGUGUGUGGUCAGCGAGUCCACACAGCACCAGCAAGACAUCAUGUAAACAAGAAGAGGCAACAUCAGAAUGACUAUAGAUAAUAAAUUAAUAAAAAAACUGGUAAAAACAUUUAAAUAUUCCUACCACUACAAUGACGAUUUACAAGCUGAGCCCAUUUUGAGAUACAGAACGAUGGCUAAUUUAAAUGGAAACACAAAGUUAUAAAAGUGAAUGCAAUCAGUAUACAUCUUUACACAAUCCACUGUGUACAGAGGCACUGUGGAAGUACAAUGCCCUGGCUUUAGCCUGGUUUUAAAUAAAGGGCAUUCCAGGAACUUAUAUUUUAUUUGUGCUACUUUCCAUACCUGAAUUUUUUAUGUCUUGUCUACAAAAAAUAAUUCAAAGGCAACAGUAUUGUUUUAAUUAACAAAAAUCUUUAGUGCAGCUGUACUGGCCCAGUAUCUACAGGGAAGUUUGCAAGGUGCAAGACAGAUCAAUAGCCCUGAAAAAGUAUUAUCGUGACAGUAAUUUCAACUGCACAUAUUCCAAGUCUUUCUGUGCAAAUGCACAAGUAUACUGUGUGACUUGAUUAAGGAGGACUUUUAUUUGUGUAACCGAUUUAAGGAAAGUGAGCUGUUGGUCAAAGGUUUGAUACAUGUCAGGAACACAAACAUCUAAUGAAAAAGGAACUCAGUCAUGUUUUAAGUUUGAGCUCAAAAGCAUGUGCUGGUUGUUUGAUUGUAUGUCUAUGGGUAACCAUGCUAUGGUGCGUCACUGGGGCAAAAAUCUCAAAUAAAGACAUUUAUUAUCACCA